CUUGGUUGCCGUCUUGGUCGCCAUCUUGGUCGCCGUCUUGGUCGCCGUCUUGUUUGCCGUUUUGCUCCCACGGGCUUUGGCUUUGUCUGCACCCAUUCGCUUCUGCUUCCUGGCCGGCCGUCGCCCUGCUCGACCCCCAUCGUCAUGAACCAGUCCAACGCCUGCUACAACUGCAACACCCAGCCUUGCACCAACUUUGGCUCCUGUGACAACAAUCUCUGCUCCUGUCCUGUUGGCUUUGGCGGCCAAAGCUGUGCUUCACCAGCCUGUGGAUCGCCCAAUACCAAGAAUGCCCUGCGCCCGCUCUUGUCAUCGCCAUCGUCGGUGUGCGCAUGCGACGAUGGCUUUGCGGGCCUGAACUGUAACGUGUGUCUGCGGGAUAACGUAUGCGUCCCCCCUGCUCUCGGAAGCAACGUCGUCUGCAACAGCGGGCCCAGAGGCUGGCAGCGAAUCUAUUCGUCCUGCCAGGUUAUCGAGCCCAUGUUGGAAAACCUCUAUCCGCUAAACUCCCAGGCAACGAUCGAGCGAUACAUCUCCAACAGCUCGGCGUUCCUUUCGCUCUGGUACCAAAACCAAGAGCAGUUCUUUUGCUCGGUUUGGAACUGCAAUCAAGUCCGGAAUGGCACACUCAUCCGCUACGACUGCCCAUCGGUUCAGUGCGGAUGCUAUCCUGGCGCGGCUUUCUGCGGCGGACCCGGUACCAAGUUUGAUCUGACGUCGCUGAUUGCCCAGGCAUCCAAUGGACAGUUCUACAUGACCUGCCCACUCAGCAGUCCCGCAAACUGUUCGGUUGGAUUCAGCGUCUUUGAUGUCUUCUUUCCCAACGGAUUCACCCUCAAGCAAUGUGUCCACGGAGAAUGCGGCGAUCCGUCCACUGCUCCUCCAGACGUUGAUGUGGCUACCGUGAAUCAACUCACUGCUGGCCAGAUUGCGGGCUUUGCCGUUGGUGGAGCCCUGCUUCUAGCCAUCAUCGCGGGACUCCUCAUCGGCUUCCGCAGCAGGGCGAUCAAGAAGAAGGAGCCCCUUGCCCCUCCGUCCAAGGGAUGCAAUCUGACUUUCAGCAAUGUUUAUUACACCGUCGGCAGCAAAAUGCCUCUGAAGGGUAUCAACGGACAAGCGCUUCCUGGCCGCCUGCUCGCCAUCAUGGGCCCCAGCGGCUCGGGCAAAUCGACGCUGUUGGACAUACUCGGCGGAAAGCGCAAGUCCGGCUCGGUCAGUGCCUCGAUAAGCGUGGACAACGCUCUCUUGGGCGCGUACACCGACAUCCCCGAGGUCGCCACGAUCGGAUUUGUCGACCAAGAUGACGCCCUGAUGGAAACGCUGACUGUGCGCGAGACCCUCGAGUUUUCGGCCAAUCUGCGGCUCCCCGAGUCGAUUCCGUGGGACACGAAGAAAUCCAUGAUUGACGACGUUCUCCGCGACCUCGGGCUUGAGUCCGUGGCCCAUUCCCGAAUUGGAGGGGCGUAUGGGCGGUCGAUCUCUGGCGGCGAGAAGCGCAGGGUCUCGAUCGGCGUCGAGCUCGUAACGUCGCCCGGAAUUCUCUUCUUGGACGAGCCCACGAGCGGCCUGGACUCGUACAACGCCCAUCUGGUGGUGCAAACACUCCACAACCUCGCCGUCAACCACGGCAAGACAAUUGUCUUUAGUAUCCACCAGCCUCGCAGCGACAUCUACAAGCUCUUUCACGACGUGCUGAUCCUGGCGGCCGGCGACUGUGUCUAUUUCGGACCAGCGGACCGAGCCGAGGCGCAUUUUGAGACCCCGUGUCCUGAGGGGUACAAUGUCGCCGACCACCUGCUCGACCUUGCCAUUGCCCAUUCCUCGAGUGAGGUGCCGAGCACCAUCUCGACUGAACAGGACGGAAGCACCCGCGCCAUUAGCACUUUGUUUCUCAAACUACGAAAGCCCACGACAUCGAAUGGGCGCCAGCUCGAGCUCAAACCAGCAGCCGCAGCCGCGACAACAGCCGAGUCGAACCCGAUCGUGCACAGUGCCCCAAAGAACGCUGGUGCGGUACCCAAGGGACACCUGGCCAAGACGUCGUUCCUGACCCAGUGGAUCGUCCUGCUGGAGCGGUCGAUGAAAAACCUCAUCCGCCGUCCUUGGCUUUGUGCCGCACAUAUCCUCGUGGCCGCUGUGCUUGGAACCUUUAUUGGCGGUCUCUACUACAAGUCCCAAUUCGACUUGGCCGGCAUCCAGAACCGCAUCGGCUCCAUCUUCUUCCUCAUGGCCCUCGUGGGAUUCUCGUCUCUCUCGGCGAUCGGUAGCUUUGCCGACGAGCGCCUGCUCUACAUCCGCGAGCGCGCCAACGGAUUCUAUGGUGCCCUGCCCUUCUUCCUGACCAAGAUGGUGAUGGAUCUGAUUCCUCUCCGAAUCAUCCCGGUGCUGAUCAUGGGCACGAUCGCGUACUUUAUGAUGGGCUUCCAGACAACGGCCGACCACUUUGGCCGGUACACGGUGAUCAUGGUGCUGCUCUCGGCAGAAUGCGCACUCUUCUGCCUGAUCAUUGCGGUGUUGAUGAGCGACGUGGGCAUGGCCAAUCUGGUCGGGGCGAUUCUGAUGCUCUUUGAGCUGAUGUUCACGGGAUCGCUGCUCAACCAAACGGAAAUCCCAGGCUCGUUGGGCUGGAUCCGUUUCCUGUCGAUCUUCAAGUAUGCCUACGAAGCUCUCGCUGUGAACGAAAUCGCUGGUCUCCAAAUCCAGGACAACAUCUCGGGAGCCAACAUCAACGUCAGCGCCUCUGUCGUUUUGAUCAAGUUUGGCUUCGACAUCAACUCGUACUACACAAACCUGAUUGUCGGCAUCGGCGUCACAGCGGCCUUCCUGGCCAUCCUGGCCGUCUUGUUCCGAUAUGCUCUGCAGCAAAAGAAGUAGGACGAGCCCUGCUUGGCUGUAUGUCUCGAAGGGCUGUUGUUGCUAUCAUCAUUGUUGUUGCCGUUGCCCUUGCUGUUUCUGUUUCUGUUGCGAUUGCCAUUUCAUUUGGAGGUAUCAACCUUGGAAUGCUUUUGAUUUUGUAUCACUAUCGUCUGUUUGAAUUGUCGCUGCUUGUUUGAUUCGCUAUGGCGUCGAUCACUCCGCGUGAGUCGCCUCGAGUUUUCCUUUUUACAGUCUAUCCAAUAAAAAACGGGACACCCGGGCUUUUGACCAUUCAUCGAA